AUGACCCGUCACUACACUCUCAUUAUGCUGUUCUCCGCUAUCUUAUCAAUCGGCUACUCACUGUCUCAGGACAAGAAUGUAUCUGUCGACAACGAUAUACCUGCAAACCACUGGGCUGUCCUUAUCGCCGGUUCCAACACUUAUUGGAACUAUCGACAUCAAGCUGACGUGUGUCAUGCGUAUCAGAUUCUCAGAAGAAAUGGUGUACCCAAGGAGCACAUCAUCACUUUAUCGUAUAAUGAUGUUGUCAAUCACCCUAAGAACCCCUUCAAGGGACAACUAUUCAACAAACCAACGGGUGACCGUCCUGGCGUUGAUGUCUAUAAAGGUUGCGAGAUAGACUAUAGUGGCGAGGAGGUCACGGUCAAAAACGUUCAAGGAGUUCUAACCGGCGAUAAGUCGCUAGCAUCGAAGAAAGUUCUGGAAAGCACCGAGAACGAUUACGUCUUCAUCAAUUUCGUGGAUCACGGCGAUAGUGAGAUAAUUCUCGAAGCAUCAUCGAGAUUAUCUGAUAUAAGCAAAACACAAAUUCGAUCAUGGUUGACGACCAUGGAGAAGAAGAAGAUGUAUAAACAGUUGGUGUUCUAUGUCGAGGCAUGUGAAUCUGGCAGUCUGUUCGAGGGGAGUCCUCCUAUUCCAGGCCAAUAUUACGUCACAGCUGCCAAUCCACAGGAGCCAAGCUCUGGAACGUACUGUCCUCCACAUGACGUGGUUGCUAACGUCUCACUUGGCUCCUGUCUCGGAGACCUUUUCUCUGUUAACUGGAUGGAGAAUGAAGACGCCUUUUCGCAUACUGGCCGCGAUGAGACUCUGGAGAAGCAAUAUGACCUGGUCAAAAACGAAACCACUUUCAGGUUCGAUUAA